GAAUGAAUAAAUUUCGACAGGAAAAAAUUUUCUAGAUAGAACUUUACCUUUUUUUAUUAUUUUUAUUGGCAGGAGCGAGCGGAUUUUAUACUUACUCCUACUCUCAUUUGAAUUUUUGUAAAUUCGUAAAGACGUAUUUUACAAAUCCCUCGCAAAUAUAACAAUAAUUCCUUUACCCUCACUACUCGCACUCCUUAUCAUCACUAAUUGAAGAGAAAACGUUAUAAACAUGUCAUACUACGAAUAUCCGUCUGGAACGGGAAAUGUACCAGUAUAUGAUAAUAAUUUUUCUAAUCGAAGAAGUAUAUUAGUCGAACCUAAUCAUAAUUAUCCCCCAAAUAAUCAUGUACGUUAUGAUAUACACCAACCACAAAAUGCUCACUAUGCAAAUGAAAAAGAGAACGUUAGAUUUCAACAUGAUGUAGAAGCACCACGAAAGACUAAUAAAAUCAUUUCAAAAAGUCCCGUAAAAUGGUACAGAAAUACGAGAGCAGUUUUACAAAUGUUUAAAUCAAAUUUCUUAUUGAUUUUUCUUCCUCCCGCAAUUAUUAUGAAGAGAUUUGGUGUAAAUGAAUCUAUAUUAUUUUUCUUCAACUUUUUGGCUAUUGUUCCCAUGGCAAAAAUUUUGUCUGUGGGCAUAAAUGAUCUUUCAGCAAGAUUGCAUCCAUCUUAUGGAGCAGUACUUCACGCUUUUGCUGGAAAUUUUGUUGAACUUGUAAUUUCGAGUUAUGCCUUAAUGGAUAAACAAUAUGCGAUUGUCCGUUCCUCUGUACUUGGUGCCAUUUUAUGUAAUAUUUUAUUGAUUCUUGGUGUUGUGUUUUUGGCAGGGUCUUGGCCGAGAAAGGGAGCACGUCGUCAAUCCAUGAAUGCACAUUUAUCUACACAACUUUUUGUAUCUACAAGUGCUUCAACUCUCGCUCUUGCAGUUCUUGCUUUAGUAACACCCGCGGCAUUUAAAAUUGCUGCUCCAACUGGGACAAACAUCGAAUGUGAUUUACAAAAUAUUAGUCACGCUACUGCUAUUAUUUUAUUAUUUGUAUAUGCUGGAUUAUUAGUCUUUCAAUUAAAAACACAUGCUAAUGAGACUGUUGAUAAUAAUGAAGCACAUCAUGGCGAAGCACAAUAUUUCCUCGUAUUUGACCUAUUUUUAAUUGUCGCUUCUAUUUCAGGUAUCACUGUGUGUGCUAGAUAUUUGGUUACAAGUAUUGAACAUUUGGCCCAUAGUUUUCAUCUUGGUAACGGGUUUAUUGGAAUGGUCCUUUUGCCACUUUGUGUCGUAUCCAAUUUCAUGGAACAUUACGAUGCUAUUAAAGAAGCCUCUGAAGAUAAAGUUGAUACUGCUGUCGGUUUAAUUCUUAAUACAUCAGUUCAAAUUGCACUUUUAGUCACACCAGUUCUUGUACUUGUCGGAUGGAUUACAUCGAGACCAUUGACAUUAGAUUUCAAUACAUUGGAAAUUUGUGUAUUAGCUUGUGCGGUGUUAAUUGUAAAUUAUUUAGUUGCAGACGGUAAAGCAAAUUGGCUAGAGGGUUAUAUGCUUAUAGUUUCUUAUAUUAUUAUUGCAGUUGCAUUCUUUUAUUUCCCGAAUGUACCUGAAGUUCCGGGGCUUGAAACUAUGAAAUGUAAUCCUUGGAGUAGAAAUCUUCCACCAGAAUUGUUAGGGAUUGGUGAAGGAGAGGGUGGUGGUAGUCAUUAAAUAUUCAUUGAUUAGGUUUAUUCUCUUCUUUCUUACUUCGAAGUUCCGAUUACCUUAAUAUCCAUAAAAUAUUCAUCCACAAUUAAAAAAUUAGAAAAACUAGAAAAUCAAAAUCGCUCCCGCCAUUUUCUCUCUUUAUUUGUUAUUAUGAUCUUUAUUUGUUGUAGAAAAAGUAAAUAAUAAUAAAAUUUACUAAUAAAACUAGAUUUCAUUCAUGA